AUGGACGCGGCGCAAGAUGCGCGGCAGUCGCUGGGCGGCGGCCGAGACAUGGAGGAGGAGAUGCAGCACGUGCUGCAGUUCCUGGACACGUCGCUGAUCACGCCGCCGUCGGGCAGUGACCUGGUGACGCAGCAGUCCCAGAUCCAGCGGACGACUCAGCCGCAGCUGCAGCAUCAACAGCAACAGCAACAGCCUACGCCGGAGCAGUUGCGUGAGAUGGCGACGCUGCAGGAGAACGAGGUCGCAGGGGGAUACAACGAGCUGGGCGAGGUCAUCGACCUGCUGGGAUCGCUCGACGCCAACGACACGGACCCGGCACUGCUGCAGCAACAGCAAGCGUACAACGUAGCCGGGCUCAAUGCGACGGACCUCUCGCGAACGGGCACAUCCGCGGAUGGCGCUUCGCAACGAGUGCAAUUGCCCCGGUCGACCUCCGCGAGCAGCAACCACAGUGGAGUGGACAAUAUUUCGCCUGUGGGUCUGCUCAACGGACCCUCCAUGUCGCCGGCUACGAUCAACUGGCUGCAGACACUGGUGCCCUCCACAUCCACCGAGAGUCUCACGGGGCUGAUUUCUCCUGCUACGCUUUACAGCGCUGGGGGAGGAUCCGCUACUGGAGUUGGAGCGGAUGGGGCGAAAUCUGGCGGUCUACCUCGGACGCCGUCUUGUGAGAUAAUCGACUGGAAGGCCUACAACGAGUCUUGCGGUGAUAAAACGCAGAAGGAACCAGCCAAAUGGCGUGUCAUCCCCCAACACGGACCGCACGCUGAGCCGGCGGUGAGCUCCAAUAGUAGCAAUUCGACGGGUAGCAAGCUUCCACCAAGUGCUGGGGCGCCGGCAAGUGCUGCAGGUCCUACCGAGUUGAGUGCACAACACCAAAUGCAUCUUGCUGCUCGAAGGGUGGCGGAUGAGAAAAACAAGCGAAAAGCGCUCGUGUCUCCGGAGUAUGUCCAAUAUGGUAACACCGUAGCGUCGACACCUUCGCAAAUGCCUAGUGACGCAGCCGGUGGAGUCAAAGUGGAGCUAGGUGCAUUGCAGUACGCCACGAAGGUCCCAGAACCCACAGGACGCCGUCCAUUCAAGAAGUCACUGCACCAGACGACCAUACACGCUGCUGAAGCAAUUUUACCGGAGCCACAGCCACCACAACAGCAGCCGCCGGUCUCAUCGACUCCUUCAGUGGAGGGGAAAGAUGAAAGCUGCAAAUGCGUCAGCUGUGCAAACCCCUUCGUUCCGAUGGCGAGCGAGGGCAUCGAUAUCCAGCUGAUGGUGAGGGAUGUGUGCUUGAUGCAAUAUCUUUCCAAGAUCAAGGACAUGCAGGAGCUGCUGGACUCAACUGUCAGCUAUGAAUGCUGUGAAGGGGGCGGGGGUGUCGUGCAAAUGCCAAGAAGCCUCGACGACAUUGCGCCAAGUGUCGUCGAUGUGGCGACCAUCGCAACCAGCACUACCUCAGGUAGUGCCACUGGCGCCAAGACACGGGCAGUUGUCCCUAACCGAGACAUAGAAUCUACUGCGAAGAAUGAUGAAGGAGACAAGCAAAGUGGAGGGCAGAUGUUCGGGGCUAUCAAUCCUGCGGUUGAAGGUGCUGCGCGCGAUGAAAACUCUGACAGCUCGAAGCCCGGUGGUGAAGAGGAAGCUGAUGACUCAUGCAAAAUGCAGUAG